AUGCAAGGUCUCAAUUCAACAGUUCACCACUUGCAUCGUGGCGGUUCAGAUAUUGUGCUCGUACCACAGCCGUCAAAACAUCCCAAUGAUCCUCUCAACUGGGCCCAGUGGAAGAAGCAAGUUAUCUUCAUCAACGUUUGCUCCUUCGCAUUCUUCACCAACUUCAGUAUCGGAGGCAUAACACCAGCAUUCUAUGUCAUGUCGUUGGAGUUCGAGCAGUCCAUCAACUCAAUAAGCCAUCUUCUCAAUUAUCCCAUCCUCUUGCUGGGAAUAGGCAACUUCUUUUGGGUCCCAAUGGCAAUAUAUUUUGGAAAGAGACCAGUUUUUGUGGUUUCUUCUCUCCUACUAUGUAUAACCAACAUCUGGGGAGCUACUUCAACAUCUUACCAUAGCCUACUGAAUUCGCGAUUUAUUGCUGGAUUUGCCGGAUCCUCAACUGAAGCCCUAGGUGCUGCAAUUAUCAAUGAUUUGUUUUUCCUUCAUGAAAGAGGGUUUCAGAUUGGAAUAUAUAUCAUAUUUCUAUCUUGUGGCAACUCUGUUGGCCCCCUGCUUGCUGGGUUCGUCGAUGAAAAAAUCGGCUGGCGUUGGUUCUACUGGGUGAUGGUUAUUUUCACCGCUUCAAAUUUCCUCAGUGUGCUGUUUCUAGUUCCAGAGACGAGAUACGAACGCCACUUUGGCCAAGAAAACGAUGAGAACAAUUCCAAAAAUCCCGUCAAUACAGUACAACAUGAUAUUAAGAGCAUCCCAACUCAUUGCUCUGAAGUUCCUUCACCAUCAAAAAUGACCUACUUCCAAAGCCUGAGACUCUUCUCCGGCGUUCCCAGAACCAAUCUCAUCAAUCUUUUUGUCAGGCCUUUCCCUCUCAUCGCUUAUCCGGCAGUUAUGUGGGCAUUCUUGAGUUACUCGAUAUGUUUAGCCUGCGUCAUUGCCUCCGGCACUCUUAACCCAUUUGUAUUACAAGCGCCUCCGUAUCUAUUCUCAUCAGGCAUCCAAGGCCUUAUCAAUAUCCCUGCAAUUAUUGGCAAUCUUGUCGGCGCUGUGUGCGGAGGUUACCUUACAGACAUAUACUCCGCUCGAUAUGCUCGCAAAAACGACGGCUAUUUUCUUCCCGAAUCAAGACUUGUCCUUUGUAUAAUCCCUACCGUCCUCACUGGAUCUGGUCUUCUCAUGUUCGGAUUUGGUUGUGAUCAGACGUCUCAUUGGGCCGUUAUAUAUGUUGGCUACGGCCUGAUAAAUACCGGACUCACAGGCAUCGCCAGCAUUGGCAUGACUUAUGUAAUGGAUUCUUAUUAUCCAAUUGCGGCAGAGGCAUUGCUUCUAGUCAAUGGGCUCAAGAACAUUGUAGCCUUUGGCUUCUUAUAUGGGAUUGUCCCUUGGUGGUCUGCGUCUGGGUUCGCUAAGAUGUAUGGUGCCCUCACUGGAAUCUUCAUCGCUAUUGCUGCACUUGGAAUUCCGCUAUACUUAUUCGGGGCUAAGAUCAGACAUUUCACAUCCUCCAGGUUCAAAGUUAUAAGCUGGUAA